CUGCUGGGACACUAGAAGUCUGGAACAAGUGGGACUAUAAAUACGACGCGUAACUUUGUGCCACAAAGACAGAAGCAGGAGGACAGAGCCGAGCACAAUGUCACAGACUGGCGAAGUAAAGAAGAAAAAGCGUCCCCCGAUGAAAGAGGAAGACCUCAAGGGCGCGCGUAGUAAACUGGGGUUGAAGGGCGAGGCUAAGAGCAAGACUUAUGAGGUGAUGGUGGAGUGUGAGCGUAUGGGAAAAGUUGCCCCGUCGGUUUUCAGCGGAGUGAGGACAGGGACUGAAACUGUUCUGGAAAAGGCCGACAGUGCCACCAAAACUCCAGGAGCCAGCGUGUUCAGCAAGUAGCCACAGCCAGACUGAACUCAUUGACUUUACUUGCUGAUGGCAUCACUCUGGACGAAUAUUUGUCAAUUGUUUGCAAAUCAUGACUAUUGUUAAAAGGCUUUAUACAAACGAUUUGUAGCAAGGCCGUCUACAUUUUACCUGUACUUCAGAAUGUAGCCUACACGUGCUUUUGGACACUAAAUUAUGGCUACCGAAAGUCAUCUGCCUCAUGUAAAAGUACACUGACUACUGGGCUAUCAGAGUUUGUAUUUACUUUGAAAAUAGGUCAGUAUUGGUAUUGAUAAUUAGGUUUAUGAAAAAAAAAAAAAUCCUUUCAAUGACUAACCUAUUAAAAAAUGAACGCCA